CGUAGAGGAGGUGGAGACUGCCUCCGUUUCUCACACUCUGGGGUGCUGUCAAGACUGGGAGAAGAGAGGCAGAGCCACCUGAAGACCAGCGCUGAGGCAGCAGUUUUCCGAGGGCUUAACAUCAGGAUCUAUGUUUAAGUUUUAGCUCUUGCUUACAAAGACCACGAUAAUUCCUUCUCUGAAGCCCUCGAAGUCCCGAAGCGUCCUCGAAGCCCCAGCCUGCCUCCUACUGCCCAGCUGCCAGCAAUGCCCUCCAGCGGCCCCGGGGACACCAGCAGCUCCUCUCUAGAGCGGGAGGAUGAGCGAAAGGAAGGAGAGGAACAGGAAGAAAAUCGUGGCAAGGAAGAGCGCCCGGAGCCCAGUGCCACGGCCCGGAAGGUGGGGAGGCCUGGCCGGAAGCGCAAGCACCCACCGGUGGAAAGCAGUGACACCCCCAAGGACCCAGCGGUGACCACCAAGUCUCAGCCCAUGGCCCAGGACUCUGGCCCCUCAGAUCUGCUACCCAAUGGAGACUUGGAGAAGCGAAGUGAACCCCAACCUGAAGAGGGGAGCCCAGCUGCAGGGCAGAAGGGUGGGGCCCCUGCUGAAGGAGAGGGAACUGAGACCCCACCAGAAGCCUCCAGAGCUGUGGAGAAUGGCUGCUGUGUGACCAAGGAGGGCCGUGGAGCCUCUGCAGGAGAGGGCAAAGAACAGAAGCAGACCAACAUCGAAUCCAUGAAAAUGGAGGGCUCCCGGGGCCGACUGCGCGGUGGCUUGGGCUGGGAGUCCAGCCUCCGUCAGCGGCCCAUGCCAAGACUCACCUUCCAGGCAGGGGACCCCUACUACAUCAGCAAACGGAAACGAGACGAGUGGCUGGCGCGUUGGAAAAGGGAGGCUGAGAAGAAAGCCAAGGUGAUUGCAGUAAUGAAUGCUGUGGAAGAAAACCAGACCUCUGGGGAGUCUCAGAAGGUGGAGGAGGCCAGCCCUCCUGCUGUGCAGCAGCCCACGGACCCUGCAUCUCCUACUGUGGCCACCACCCCUGAGCCAGUAGGGGCUGAUGCUGGGGACAAGAAUGCUACCAAAGCAGCCGAUGAUGAACCCGAGUAUGAGGAUGGCCGGGGCUUUGGCAUUGGAGAGCUGGUGUGGGGGAAACUUCGGGGCUUCUCCUGGUGGCCAGGCCGAAUUGUGUCUUGGUGGAUGACAGGCCGGAGCCGAGCAGCUGAAGGCACUCGCUGGGUCAUGUGGUUCGGAGACGGCAAGUUCUCAGUGGUGUGUGUCGAGAAGCUCAUGCCUCUGAGCUCCUUCUGCAGUGCGUUCCACCAGGCCACCUACAACAAGCAGCCCAUGUACCGCAAAGCCAUCUACGAAGUCCUCCAGGUGGCCAGCAGCCGUGCAGGGAAGCUGUUUCCAGCUUGCCAUGACAGUGACGAAAGUGACACUGGCAAGGCUGUGGAGGUGCAAAACAAGCAGAUGAUUGAAUGGGCCCUUGGUGGCUUCCAGCCCUCAGGUCCUAAGGGCCUGGAGCCACCAGAAGAGGAGAAGAAUCCUUACAAGGAAGUUUACACCGACAUGUGGGUGGAGCCUGAGGCAGCUGCUUACGCUCCGCCCCCACCAGCCAAGAAACCCAGAAAGAGCACAACAGAGAAACCCAAGGUCAAGGAGAUUAUUGAUGAGCGCACACGAGAGCGGCUCGUGUAUGAGGUGCGCCAGAAGUGCCGAAACAUCGAGGACAUUUGUAUCUCAUGUGGGAGCCUCAAUGUCACCCUGGAGCACCCACUCUUCAUUGGUGGAAUGUGCCAGAACUGUAAGAACUGCUUCUUGGAGUGUGCUUACCAGUAUGAUGACGAUGGGUACCAGUCCUAUUGCACCAUCUGCUGUGGGGGGCGUGAAGUGCUCAUGUGUGGAAACAACAACUGCUGCAGGUGCUUUUGUGUCGAGUGUGUGGAUCUCUUGGUGGGGCCAGGAGCUGCCCAGGCAGCCAUUAAGGAAGACCCCUGGAACUGCUACAUGUGUGGGCACAAAGGCACCUAUGGGCUGCUGCGGAGACGGGAAGACUGGCCUUCUCGGCUCCAGAUGUUCUUUGCCAAUAACCAUGACCAGGAAUUUGACCCCCCGAAGGUUUACCCACCCGUGCCAGCUGAGAAGAGGAAGCCCAUCCGGGUGCUGUCUCUCUUUGAUGGAAUUGCUACAGGGCUCCUGGUGCUGAAGGACCUGGGCAUCCAAGUGGACCGCUACAUUGCCUCCGAGGUGUGUGAGGACUCCAUCACAGUGGGCAUGGUGCGGCACCAGGGAAAGAUCAUGUACGUCGGGGACGUCCGCAGCGUCACACAGAAGCAUAUCCAGGAGUGGGGCCCAUUCGAUCUGGUGAUUGGAGGCAGUCCCUGCAAUGACCUCUCCAUCGUCAACCCUGCACGCAAGGGACUUUACGAGGGCACUGGCCGCCUCUUCUUUGAGUUCUACCGCCUCCUGCAUGAUGCGCGGCCCAAGGAGGGAGAUGACCGCCCCUUCUUCUGGCUCUUUGAGAAUGUGGUGGCCAUGGGCGUUAGUGACAAGAGGGACAUCUCGCGAUUUCUUGAGUCUAACCCCGUGAUGAUUGACGCCAAAGAAGUGUCUGCUGCACACAGGGCCCGUUACUUCUGGGGUAACCUUCCUGGCAUGAACAGGCCAUUGGCAUCCACUGUGAACGAUAAGUUGGAGCUGCAGGAGUGCCUGGAACAUGGCAGGAUAGCCAAGUUCAGCAAAGUGAGGACCAUUACCACCAGGUCAAACUCCAUAAAGCAGGGCAAAGACCAGCAUUUCCCCGUCUUCAUGAACGAGAAGGAGGACAUCCUCUGGUGCACUGAAAUGGAAAGGGUGUUUGGCUUCCCCGUCCACUACACAGACGUCUCCAACAUGAGCCGCUUGGCGAGGCAGAGACUGCUGGGCCGAUCGUGGAGCGUGCCGGUCAUCCGCCACCUCUUCGCUCCGCUGAAGGAAUAUUUUGCUUGUGUGUAAGGGACAUGGGGGCAAACUGAAGUAGUGAUGGUAACAAAGUUAAACAAACAAACAAACAAAAAAAACAAAACACAAUAAAACACCAAGAACGAGAGGACGGAGAGAAGUUCAGCACCCAGAAGAGAAAAAGGAAUUUAAAGCAAACCACAGAGGAGGAAAUGCCGGAGGGCUUGGCCUUGCAAAGGGGUUGGACAUCAUCUCUUGAGUUUUCAAUGUUAAUCUUCAGUCCUAUCUAACGAGCAGAAUAGGCCCCUCCCCCCUUUCCCCUCCAAUCCUAGGAGGCGGACCUUUUGUUUUCUACUCUUUUUCAGAGGGGUUUUCUGUUUGUUUGGGUUUUUGUUUCUUGCUGUGACUGAAACGAGAGAGUUAUUGCAGCAAAAUCAGUAACAACAAAAAAUAGUAACACCGUGGAGAGGAAAGGGAGAGAGGGAAAAGUCUAUAAAAACUUUAAAUAUUGGGGUUUUUUUUUUUUGGUUUUUUUUUUUUCCUUUUCUAUAUAUCUCUUUGGUUGUCUCUAGCCUGAUCAGAUAGGAGCACAAACAGGAACAGAACAGAGACCCUCGGAGGCAGAGUCUCCUCUCCCAGCCCCGAGCAGUCUCAACAGCACCAUUCCUGGUCAUGCAAAACAGAACCCAACUAGCAGCAGGGCGCUGAGAACACCACACCAGACACUUUUCUACAGUAUUUCAGGUGCCUACCACACAGGAAACCUUGAAGAAAACCAGUUUCUAGAAGCCGCUGUUACCUCUUGUUUACAGUUUAUAUAUAUAUGAUAGAUAUGAAAUAUAUAUAUAAAAGGUACUGUUAACUACUGUACAUCCCGACUUCAUAAUGGUGCUUUCAAAACAGCGAGAUGAGCAAAAACAUCAGCUUCCACCUGGCCCUCUGUGCAAAGGGUUUCAGCCCAGGAUGGGGAGAGGGAAGCAGAGAAGGGAGGAGACGGAGAGGGUGUCAUCUUCCCUCUUGGUUUUUAACAAACCAAAGGAGGAACCAUAUUACCCCAUCCCCACCCUGCUCCAUGCCUAGCUUCUGCCAAAAAGGGGCUUAGCUGAGGUGAUCAGAACCUGGGGAAGCCGAGUGUGGAAUUUAUCCAGACUCGCGUGCAAUAACCUUUGAAUAUGAAUCUGAAAUGACUGCCUCAGAAAAAUGGCUUGAGAAAACAUUGUCCCUGAUUUUGAAUCCGUCAGCCACAUUGAAGGCCCCUUGUGGGAUCAGAGAUAAUCCAGAGUGAGGGGAAGUGACCCGCCAUUAACCCCACCUGGAGCAAAUAAAAAAACAUACAAAAUGUACUGGUGCUUUCUGUCUAAGUUGCCUUUUGUGUGUUCUUUUAUGAGGCCCCCACCAUCCCCUGUGCACAUGGCAGCUCUGGUCCUGGAAUGUGAUGUUUUUGGUCAUCUCUAAAGACUGCAGUUUCAUACUUGGGAGGCUGAUGACACCUUUAUUAUAAUUAUUCUUAUGGUUCUGGCUAUAAUUGUUUGUUUUAAGAUUUUCUUUGAGAAAACAAAAACCCAACACCCUUCCCUUUAGGUUUCAAACCAAGGUGCAGGGGGGUGGCAGGUGCUUUUUUUAAGGACCAGUGGCUCUGGUGCCCUGGCUCCGACCCCUCAGGCCAGGUGGGCCACUGGGCAGUACAGCAACAAGCUAGGCAGCCAGGGAGUUCGAGGCCCACCCUCCGGGCCAGUCUCUCUUCUCUUCUUCUUCCCCUCCUCGUGAGUCCGGUGUGUCAGGGCUGGAGGGAGGCCGGGGCAGCCUCCCUCCUUGUGUGUGUGGUUGGAGUGGCGUGUGUUUCUUUUCUAGUGUUUGGUCUGAUAGCUGUGCUCUUACCGGGAGUCAGCUUCACCUGGGGCCCCUGUGCUCGCACUUUGUUCUGCUUCCUACCCAGGGCAGGCAGCCUGGCAUUGUCAGUGGGAAGGGAAGGUGUUGUUGGCCCCAGGGUGAGGGCUUGCCUGGAUGGAUGGAGUGUAGAUAUGUGGCAUAUAGAGAUAUAUAUUUUAUAAUGGGAGGGGGGACGGCACCUCCUGGGACCAGCAGAGGCUGGGAGGUGUGCUGUCAAGCACAUGGUCCCAAGACCGCAUCCCUAGAAAGAUGGGGCCUAUGAUAGGCCCUGUAUAAAUACAUAGAUAGGGUCAUGUAUAAGAAAUAUACACCGUGGGGAUUGGAGAGAGCAGGCUCUGUGUUGAGCCUGGGUCCCUCCCGCAGACAGACCCACAAACAGUCUAACACAUGCACAGGAACCUAUUUCUGUCUGGAUGCACACCAGGGAGCCCCCAGCACACUUCUCCCCAGGAUCAGGACGCCGGAGUCGGCUGUGCAGCUCUGGUACAUCUGUUGCCCUGAUGACAGGUAGACUCGAUCCCAGAAGUUGCUAGGUGCUGAAGUCAGGAAAAGGAGGUUUGAUCACCAAGCAGGUGCUUCCUCUAGCAGGUCUGUGUUCUAUUCCCUUUGCCCCUGGUGAUGUCAAAGACUUCUGUUAGCAGCCUGUGGUUACUGACCUGCAACUCUAGGCACCAGUCAGCCCUCAACUCCCCCUACCUAUUCUCCCCAGCCAAAGUCGAAUUGAAAUCUGUCUUGGCCAUUGGUCUUCCAUUGGGAAAAUAAAAUAUUUAAAAAAUUAAAAUGGGACAGUGAAUCUCACUUUUGGAGUAAAGCAAAUCAGUGAUCAGUGGUAAAACUAAACAGAGGCUUUGGCCCCUUGCUCACUGCUCAGGACUAAGCUUAGCUGGUGGCUUGUCACACCUCUUGGGCUGUGUAGUCCUGCCCACCUCUGCUCAUUUUCUCUGGAGAGUUUUAAGAUUACAGCUAGUUUUCCCUGCCGUGGCAGGUAGUGACUAUGGGGCUGGAACAUCCAGGAGAGGGGGAUGCUUGCCCUCUUGGAGUCUCUGUACUAAAUGUGAUGUCCUCCCUUGCUCCAGCAGGGCUCCAUUUUGAUCUGGAGUCCACCAGCACCAUGCAGGAGGACUGGAGGGGAGGAAGGCUGCUUUAGGCAGUCCAAGGUGCUCCCUCCCCCUCUACAAAGGCAAGGUCUUCCCGGCUCCUGUCAGGACUGUCUUCAAGGACCUUCUCCCACCUCUGCCCACUGCUUAUGUGAAGAAGUUAGCCUUUCCCAGGAGCCCUGUGCCACCUCAGCUGGGCCUGGUGCUCCCCGAUGUCUGGGGGUUAGUGUGAGGGCUCAGGAGGAGGAGCCUGGGUGUCAAAGGAUAUGGCAUUCUCAAGGGACUCAGUAGAGGCUUCCAGGUGGCUGACCAAUCCUGACCUGACAAGUUUCCUAAUGGAUUCCUCGUGGGGCAUCUGGUAGUCUUCACUAGCUUUCCUUCCAGCCCAGUCUGUGGGCUUAGUCUUACUAUAGUGCAUAGGCACCAGUGGAGUUAGCCCCAAUGUCUUCUUGUGGGGUCUUUGGGAUUGCUAGCUUGUUCAUCUUUACCCCGUGGGACUUCUAGGGUCACCUCCAAGGAGAGCUGCUAGGAUGCUGUGGUAGCUGAGAGGAGGUUGGGGGUGAGGAUUGCAGUGCAUCCAGGAGCUAGCUCAUUGUAGGUGGAACUGAAGCUGGAGGCAGGUCAUGGGAGGAUCCCCAAGGUUCCCUGUGGGCUUUCCUUUCCAAAGAAUAGGCUUAUUUUCCCUAGAAACUUAGGUGCUGGGGACUGAGUGACAGCCACCCCUCAGCAGGUGCUGUGUGAAGCCUCAUGCCGAAGAUCUGUGGCCCUUGCCCAAGGGAGGUAGCUGGUGCUAGCGCCAGGGUCACGGAACCAAGGCCUCCUGAGGAGGCACAUAUACCAGCAGGGUCCCAAGCUGGUGCUAAUUCCUCUCCAUAGGACCCAGUAAGCCUGGGAGCCUGCAGUAGGCCGUUGCUCUGCUAUUAGAAAGCAAAAGUCCCCUAAAGAGCCUCCUGGACUGAGUCACUUUUGUGGCCGGGCUGGGUGUGGCAGCAGGUAGAGAGAUCUGCUGGCAUAAAGAUCCCUGUGGCUUUUGGAAAGUGACUAAAGUGUGAAUGCAAGAGCAACAGGUGGAGUUAGCGGCCCUUGCAGGCCAGCAUCGACGGCAUCCACCCUCCCCAAUAGCAUCUCCGUCCUGGGGAUGCUGCGCUCAUCACAUGCUCGUUUAGGAAUUGGAGUUAGGCUGAGCCACUUAUAAGAAAUGUGCUUAUAGGAAGAUACGGAUUGUUGGUUUCUCUGUUCUUUACUAUACAGCGUGUCCAGAGAGUAGAAGCAAAUUCCUGGGCCUUUCUGGUUGGUGCAGUGCUGUUACGGCACUGCACGGUCUUCAGGAACUGUCACUGUAGGAGCCCUGGCUAUGAGCUGGGUCUGUGUGACCAUUGCAGCUGAGUUUCCAGGCAGGCCUGUGUUUGGAUCUCAGUUUGGCACUUGCCUGCUUCCAGUGCUUGUGAUGAGGUGGUAGCGCUGACUUGUCUACUUGGCAGAGAACAGCUGAAGCUUGUCACCCCAUGAAGUGGAGUUGGUGGCCCUUCUGAUUGAUCCUGUCCCAUCCAGUCAGUAUCAGCACUAGGAACAGUGCUCGGGCGGAAGAACUCUUAAGGAAAGGACUCAGGGGUCAUUGUGAGCUCUUGUAUGUUUGUGUGAAAGCCGAGGUCUUUAGGAGGAAAGGCCUUGUCCUUGCAGGCUUCCAAGAUAUAGCUAAGGUUGGCCUUUGGUUGGAGACAAGUCUCUAGCCCAGACACUGGAGUAUUAGUAUUGAGACCAAGAAGCAGGCCAAAAUGGAGAUAUAUGGAAGGCCCUUUGCUGGUGGGACUCAUAGCUUCUCUAGGGGACACCAGGAACUCCAGUAACUGGCUCCCAUAUUAGAAUGAGCUCCAUUGUGGCCUCCUAAACUACCCAGCCCCAAGCCUGAGGGUGUGAGCAGUGGUCUAAAGUCUCACCUCGUCCCAUUUUACAGACUAAUUUGAUUGCCUGGCCCUAGAAUUCUACAGAAACAACAAUAACGAAAAGCUGAAAUUCCAUAGAAUACGCAGAGGGAGGAGAUGACUCAACACGGUGCUAAACACAUUUUAUUAAAAAUAUAUAUUGUUAAAUUAAGUCUGCUGUCUGGACAAUGAUGUUCUGUUUUGUUUUCUUGUAGUGGAGUUUAAAAGAGACUAUUAUUUUACUCUGAUAUAUUAUUAUUAAAAAGGCAUUUUAACUUUGUACUUGAAAACUAAGUGAGCGAUUUCACGUGUUUUAGCUGAGGCAUCGAAGUAGCGGGUGCUUACUUGUGGGAAAUCAUGUAUUCAUACUACAAAAUAAACUCCGUAGCUGAUUUGGUAAUAACUUUUACUGUUACAGACGAUUUCGCUUUGACCCCGGUGGCAGAGCGCUUUUACUCCACAUUCCACGCAGCUAAGUGCAGGACCUUCCAGAACCUUCCCCCAGCCCCCCUUGGUCCUCUUUCCGUUCCUCUUCCUAUCUCUCUCUUUUCCUAAUCUUUUUUUUAAAAAUUGUCAUUUGUUUUUCCUGGUCCCGGCUUCCUUCUACCACUGUAUUUUUUGUUAGGGUUGCUUCUCUAUUUAUUGACAGUAAUAAUGUACAUUUCACAGUCUGGUUCUGGGACAGCCCAGGAAGGGUGUGGGGGCUGCACACAGCUUGCUGCCCCGCCUGGUGUCCCGUUGUAUCUCUGUGUACGUGAUGCUUGUGACAUAGCUGUUGAAGAAAUAUUAAAAAGGUCAAUGCGUACAGCAGGUGUAGAGAGUCCGUCAGUUCCACUUUCAUCACUUUCUUUUUGUGCCCAGAAGAAUAUAAUAAAGCUCCUUUCUAAUGUACUUGUGCUGGAGAACACUUGAAUAAAUGGACUGUUUUUGUGCAAAAAGAAAAACGGAAAAAAAAAAAAAGCACCGUCAUAAUGUCCUUUUGUCCUUGCGGCUCCUUUCCCCUGAUGUGACAGCUCACAGUCCUCCUUGGGCUGAAGUGGGUGCAGAUAGUGUCAGGGGUUCUGGGGAGUGGAUUUCUAAAGUAUCUCUCCUGUGGGUGUUAACUAGGGCCUGGGACCCAAGGGCAGAGGGAGUUUGGCUGAAGAUCAAAGAUAAGUUAGGCGAAAAUGAAGUUGUCUAGUUGACUUCCACAAACAGCCGAUAUCUUGAGACCAGAGCAGGAAACAGAUCAGCAUCCUGGUUAGGUGGCAGAAGGACCAGCAAGGACUUAUCAAUGCCACAGUCCAGAAGAAAGAAGUCUGGAAAGGAGGGAGACAGCUGGGGGAAUCCUGGAAGAACCUGGGGUUUAAAGGAGAUGUUUGCAAACACUUGACAGGUGACCCAAGGGCUGGGACCAGCGGCCAAUAGGGCUACUGGUGGUCUGAGUGUUGGCUGCCUGGCAGUGCCUUGUGGCCUGAGGAGUUGCCUAUGGUGUCUCUGUCAUACCUAUCUAGAAGGGUCGUCUGAAUGCAGGGUCUGUCUGUCCUGCAUAUCUCCAAGAGUAGCCAGGAGGCUUGGCCUGGGUUUCCACUCCUAAGGAUUGUUCAGGCCGUUUCUUCCACCAGGCUUUUGGGAGGGUUGGGAUAGCAGAGAUGCUGUGUGAUCCUUGAGCAGAUGGGGAAAGCUCGACUAAGCAGGUUUGCUCAUGGGCACUUUUUCUUGCUUUUUUUUCUCUUUGACAAGGUUGUAAAUGUAUACUUGGCUUCUACUCUACUUUUUUUCUUGAUGUUUUUCAAUGUUGAUGUGGAAUCUUACUUUCAAAUGGCUGCAUGGCAUUUUCUUGUUGAAUGUUUGUUUAUAUAUAUUUUAUUUUCGCUAUAAAUAGAGCUUCAAUAAACAUCUUUAUGUUUUGGCUUCCC